AUGAAUUCAGCAAUUAGGCUGGUGGUGGAGAUCAACUCGCAGGUGGCAUUGUUUCGUGACCUGCUCAUCUGCGUGGGGCAGAGUCGGGACGGACCUGAACUGAGAGAGAGGAUACGGAAAGUGAGGCGGCAGUGCGUGGAUACCUGCAAGCACGCCUCGAGCCUCCUCCUGCCCUCCAUCAAGAAUGACGUGGCUGAGGGUAUCCCCGUCGACAACCAGAACUUCGUGCACCUCUUCUCCUGCACGCAGCUCAUGUCAAGGGAACUGAGGAAGUGCAAACGCCUCGUCCAGACCAUGCCUGUUGACAUGACGGAGUACUACGAGAACAAGCCAGGACCCUCGGGAAUGGGAGGACUCGGCAUCAUCUCUCAGCUGCUCCUGUGCAAGACGCUACAGCCAGACUUCCAGCAGGAGGAGAUUUGUAGCAUCGAGAAGGACAGCGACGAGAUUAUGGCCAUUCUGAAGGAGAUGCAGGAAUAUAUGCCCCAGGAGGACGCAGGCACCCGGAACCUGGCGCUCACCGGAGAGGACAUGUUCAGUAUCUGGGAGCAAAAAAGAGAACCCGCCGAUCAUUGUAUAGCAACAAGAGUUUCUUUGUGUUGUACGAGUAAACCCGCCUACUUGUAAUGUCCCAGAGUCUAGUUCUCCCAUCACUCCGCCGCUACCACCUCCACGACCAUCACCAACACCAGCACCAUCACUACGCCCCUAAAACCCAUCCCUUACACUUCCUAAAGUCACCCACACAUCCACCACAACACUUACCUUCCCUCACACCUCCACUAACCACAACAUUCACAUCCAUAACAACCUCUGACAUCACCACCGCUACUUCUACCACGAAACUGACAUCACUUUAGCCUUACCUCUACCGGCGAUAUCAAUAACAGCAUCAAAAUCUUCACUAACAACCCUACACUACAUCAUCAUUAUCAAUACACCAAUUAUUCGUACAACAUGUUUAGUACACCACGAGAAUCAAAGACUAUUUAAGGUCACAAUAACUGCUUCUUCUUUCUCCUGCUGCCACUAAAACCUCUGCUGUUAGACCAAGUACCAAGUAGUGCUUCGGUCUGUUCGAAGCCACCGUGAUACCACUGUACUCCUACCAUUCAAUUGUCAUCUUGGUCAAAUUUUAUCCAUUCCUUUCAGUUUUGCGUAAUGGUAUAUUUUGACUAUCAUCCUUGCAACUGUGACCGUGAGAAAAAAAAAUCAAUAUUACCAUACAUUAUAUUGCUCAAAAGAGAAAUGAAGAGGAGCAAAGAGCAGUAGAACCAUCGGCUUUUGCAAGGCUGUGAUAAGAUGACCUACGUAAUCUGAAAUAAGAGACAUGGGAUAGUAAAGACGAAGACUUCUGCCACUCUUUGAAAAAAAAAAAAGAAGUUCAUAAUCACGCCAACGACUGGAUCUAAUCAUAGAUUUUCUUUCCCAAACACUUACACUAGACAACCCAGCUGUUACCUCCAUUAUCUGCAACUUAUAGCCCAUUAGACACCACUACAUCACAACUCUCACAAGUAGAAACCUAAGCACCACAACACCUCCCAUGCCCUCCCCCACGCCCUUCACCCCCAUAACCACACUGCCCUGGAUCAUCACCACAUCACCAUCGACAUCCAAAGCAGUAUCUUCAAGCCCACACUUUAAAAGUACAACACCAAACCCUACCAAGAUGACCCAAGGACUUCACCCUCCUCCUGCAACACCCUGUCAAGACAAGCAGAGGACGACCACCACGACUGCGGUCACACCCACAGUUGCCACCACGACCAACCAGUAAGACGACCAUCAGCUCUCCUCCGCAGCCUGAAUAAACCAGAGGAUCUCAAGCGUUCUUAGUUGAAAUAAAAGUGAGCUUUCCGUGAAUUCUCUGAUUGCAUUCUAAUCUGAAAUGUGAAAUCUCCAGGGACAACAUUCUCUCUCAUCGUCUCAGUUUCUUCCGAUCUCUCCAAUUACUCCUCCGCUAUCUCUAAGCUCUAACUUUAAUGAAAUGUAUUAUUUCACUCAAUCUCUAGUCUUCCUCAAAUACUCAUCCACUAUUUUCCAGAUUCCAUUUUUAUGGAUUACAUUUUUUUUUUUUUCCAAUUUUGUUAAGCUUCCUACAUUCUUGUUUUAUAUUGCUGAUUUUGUGUACGUUUGUGUUCAUUUUUUCUUCUCC